AUGGCGACGGCUCCUACCACGGCUCCUACCACGGCGGCUUGCAAGCUGCGCUAUGAUCCGGAAUAUUGGGCCGUCGUGAAGCAUAGGAUCCCUGCAAACCCGCCUCCGCCAUCCCGGAGCGUCCUUGAAAUCCGGGCGAGGAGCGAUCCGAUCCUGGCAGCGCUCUUCCGAGCAUUGCCGUACCCGCCAGACGUGCAGGAGACCAAAUUCGAGGUCGAGAGCCUCGACGGGACCAGGUUCGACUUUGUCCGCUUCGCCACGGCCGAGCAGGCGGCCAGCGCGGAGCCCCUGCCGGCGGUGGUCAUGACCCACGGCGGUGGCCUCGUCAGCGGGUCGGUCGAGAUCUUUGCGCCCCAGAUCGCGCGCUACGUCGCCCAGGCGGGCGUGCAGUACUGGGCCGUGGACUACCGGCUCGCGCCCGAGCACCCGGGCCCCGCGGGUGUCGAGGACUGCUUCGCGGCGCUGCAGUGGCUGUCGCGGCGCGCGGCCGAGUUCAACGUCGACCCGGCCCGCAUCGCCGUGUUUGGCGACAGCGCCGGCGGCAACAUCGCGGCCGGGGCGGCGCUCAUGGCGCGCGACGCGGGGCUGGACCCGCCGCUGGCCAAGCAGAUCCUCGUCUACCCGAUGCUCGACGACCGCACGACGACCCGCUACCCGGCCGACUGGCCCGCGCUCCCGUUCCUGACGUGGAAGGCCGAGGAGAACGCCAUGGCGUGGGACGCCUACGUCGGCGCGGGCAGGCGCGGGAAGCCCGAGGCCGACGUCAGCGCCUACGCGGCGCCCGCGCGGGCGGCCAGCCUCGCGGGCCUGCCGCCGACGUACAUCGACGUCGGCGGGCUGGACCUGUUCCGGGACGAGUGCGUCGAGUACGCGGCGCGGCUGGCCCGGGAGAACGUCGAGGUCGAGUUCCACCUGUACCCCGGCGUGCCGCACGGGUUCGAGAGCGCGUGGGGCAUCACGGUGGUGAAGGCGGCGCUGGAGAACAGGGGGAGGGCCCUGCGCAGCUUCUAG